UACCUGUGAUACAAUGCCAUUCCGCCCACUCUGCCCACUUUGCCCACUCUCAGCCGUAACCUGAUCAGGAAGUUGGACUUAUACUAACACGAUUAGCUGAUGGUCUCGUGAAUAAAAAUUUGUAAUUAAUCUCUUUUGCUGAGUUUGUUUUGUUGCAUUCUGUCUCUGUCGAAUAAAACUUUUUUUUUAUACCUAUUGGUUCGUUGCUCAUUCUUUAUGCCAAUGUUAGAGCCAUAGGUUUAGAUUUGGUCGACUGCUUUCUUUUAGAUAUACUGAUUGUUUAGAUUCGCCCUCUCUAUUGCGCGUCGCUUAUAUCCCCCGACGAUGGGUCAACCGUCGUUCGAGGCAUCCAAUGCCGUUAUAUACGUUACUUAUGGCGCGUUUCUGUUAUUAGGAACAGGCCUGGCCUGGAAAAUGAGAAACCAGUCCAAGGCUGAGUUCCUCUCUGGAAAUAGGACUCAAACUGCCUUUCCUUUGGCGCUCAAUUUCAUUGCUGCUGCUAUGGGCUCGGGAAUCCUGUUCUCGUACCCACAGCUUGCUACCCUUGCAGGCCUCCAGGGUGUGCUGGUGUAUGCCAUCUCGUCGGCUGUCCCGCUGCUGAUCUUCGCGGCGCUCGCGCCAAUUAUCCGCAGGAAGUGUCCCGAGGGAUUCGUCCUGACGGAGUGGACGAGGCAGCGGUAUGGCGUUGUGACGGCGCUUUAUUUGGGCGCUUUGACGUUGCUUACACUGUUUCUGUAUAUGGUUGCAGAGCUGUCUGCUAUCGGGCAGGUCAUCGAGGCUUUGACCGGGCUGAAUGGUCUGCCUGUUGUUAUUGUUGAAUGUGUCGUUACUACUAUUUAUACUUCCCUCGGAGGUUUCAAGAUCUCCUUCAUCACGGACAACGUCCAGGGCGCCAUGAUCUGCGCCCUGAUCAUCAUAGCUACGAUCACCAUCGGCGUCAAAACAGAUAUCAAGCCAGAGUUAAUCGCUGAUUCUGGCCUGCUUAACGCGAGUCUCGUAGGCUGGCAGUUGGUUUACAUUCUACCCGUCGCCAUCCUGACCAACGACUUUUUUCUGGCAAACUUCUGGCUACGCGCCUUCGCCUCCAAGACCGACAAGGACCUCUGGAUAGGCGUCUCGGUGGCCGUGGUCGUUAUUCUGAUCGUCUUGACGCUAGUCGGGUGCACUGGUUUAAUUGCCGUGUGGUCAGGCGCAUUUGAGCCCGACGGCGAUGGAUCCGUGGCUUUCUUCCUGCUGCUGGAGCAACUACCCAAUUGGGUCGUGGGUAUCGUCAUCGUCAUGUCGGUGUGCCUGAGUACUGCAGCAUUCGAUAGCUUACAGUCUGCCAUGGUAUCCUCCGCUUCCAACGAUAUCUUCCGCAACCGUCUGAACAUCUGGUGGAUCCGAGGCGCGGUCGUGCUGGUUAUUUUCCCAGUGGUAGUGCUUGCGCUGAAGGCACCGAGUAUUCUGCAGAUCUACUUAAUCUCUGACCUACUAUCCGCUGCUACUAUUCCGGUACUUAUACUCGGACUAUCGGAGCGCUUCUACUGGUGGCGGGGUUUUGAGGUAUUAAUCGGCGGUCUUGGAGGGAUACUAACGGUCUUUAUCUUCGGCACUAUCUACUACGGCGACGCGAAGUUGGGCGGUGAGCUCAUUCUUCUAGAGCAAGGACUGUACACCGGGGACUGGGGUGCGUUUGGAGCCUUCGUUGCUGCGCCGGUCGGUGGUUUGCUCUGGGGAUUCGGCGCGCUGGGAGUAAGACUGGGUGUCCAGUACGUGCUAUCUAGGGUACGAGGUACCCGAUUCGAUGCGCUUGACUACCCUACUAUAGUGCCGCAGGAGGAUUCUGAUGCCUUGGCUGGGUCAAGUGAAGAUACUACGACUACCAAGAUCACUGGCAAGUUUUUCUAGGCCGGGUUCUACUGCAAUAUGAAAUAGGACAAAGUACAACUUUUGCGCGGUGUGCGAUAUAAGAAAGGGGGGUUUAGAAUCAAGAGCACAUAGGUAGACUAUCGUUUUGGCGGAUGAGGCCAACCUUUAAUUUUUUCCCCAAGGGCUGUUUUAUGUCGGAAUAAAGUUGAAAAUUGAACUAUACCAUGGUAUACUUUAAUUUACGGAUAAUGC